UCGCACCUGUGGAGUGGGGAGCGAGUAUCGUAAAUAGUUACUUUUCUCCGUUGUACUCUCAGUCGAAUCGCGCGCUUCGGUAAUGAACGUAACCCACCGAGAACCCAGUCGAGAACGCUCCGGAGCGAUGAUGCAUUAGAUCAUAUAGUUCGUGACACAACCUGGCGGUUGAGAGCGGGAUCGCAAUAUAUAGUAUAUAGCUAGGCAGUGAGAGUGAAAAGGUGGCAAGAUAGCGGGCGGUCAGGAAGUGGAGCUCCACCCCCACCCCCUACAGUGAUUUCGAUACAUGUGAUUCAGAACAAACAGAACAGAGUUCAAAAUGCAAAACAUGUGGAUCAUUUUCCUGAUCAUCGGGCUAUUAGUGCUCGGGCUGCUGGUUCUGCUAAUUAUAGCGGCCCGGUAUCAACGCGAUUAUUGGCGCUAUCUGAACAUUCCGCACGAGAGACCGAAAAAGCUAUGGCCUAUCUUUAGGCAAAUAAUGACGCAGACAUUAAGUACGGAGGCAAUGAAAGCGAAUCAUUACACGGCCAUAUACCAAAAGUUCAAGGGCAGCGGUCCGUUUUGCGGAUUCUACGCUCUGCUGCAGCCGCGGGCCUUAAUCCUCGAUCGGGAGCUGAUCAGACAGAUAAUGAUCAAGGACUUUUGGAACUUUAACGAUCGUGGUCUAUACUGCAAUCAGAAGUCGGAUCCGCUUUCGGGAGAUCUCUACGCGUUGCGAGGAGAGAGCUGGAAGGAGAUGCGCCAGAAAUUGGAUCCCAGUUUGGAAGGGGAUCGCAUGUCCUGGCUAUAUGGCUGUCUCUAUGGGGAGGCGGCAGAGCUCCUCCUUAAUGUUAAUUCCACCCUAAUGAGUCAACCGCAUUCCACGGUACACAUCCAGAAGAUCAUGAGGCGUUAUGUCCUCUCUGCCCUGGCCAAGUGUGUUUUUGGCUUGGAUGCCCAGCAGAGGUUAACAUAUCCAUUGGAGGACUUUGAGCAGAUGACGGAAAUGGCCUUGAAUAGCCAUAAACAUGGCUACCUAAUGAACCUGAUGAUGAUACGGUUUCCGAACUUUUGUCGAAUGCUACGAAUGCGACGCACUCCCAAACCGGCGGAGGACUAUUUCAUAAAUCUCCUCACAAAAAUAGUGGAACAGCGGGAGACCUCGGGAGUACGUCAGCAGGACUACCUUCAGCUCCUGAUCGAGGUCAAAGCUCUAGAGUUGAUUACCCAUCAGUAUGAAUCCGAUAAGGAGUUGUCUUUUCACCUGCAAAAUGAAUUGACCGCCCAUGCAGUUGUCUUUUUAAAGGCAGGCUAUGAACAAACGGCCAACACUCUCUCAUAUGCACUUUACGAACUUGCCCUACAUCCGGAAUUGCAAACACGAGUUAGAGAGGAGGUCAAGAAGGCCAUUGAGCGGCAUGAGGGGAACAUCAGCUACGAGUGCAUUCAGUCGCUGACUUUUAUGGGCCAGGUGAUCAACGAAACACUGCGAAUGCAUCCCAUAACACCCUACAUCCUGCGACGCACCCUAAAUGAUUACGCAGUUCCGGAUCAUCCCAAGUACAUACUGGUGAAGGAGCUAUUUCUGAUUAUACCCACACAUGCGAUCCACCACGAUCCGGAUAUCUAUCCCGAUCCAGAGGAAUUCAAGCCAGAUCGAUGGAGUGGACCGAGGGAUUCGCUGCAGGAGCAGGGCACCUGGUUCGGAUUCGGAGUGGGUGCUCGCAGCUGCAUUGGAAUACAAUUCGCACAGCUGCAACUGCGACUGGCUUUGGCCCUACUCCUUUCCGAAUACGAAUUCACGUUGAAUUCCAGGAAGCCAUUGGUCGAUCUGGAGGAUGGUAUUGCGCUUACCCUGAUGCCAUUGGGAGUUAUAGAGCCCGGAAAUGAGGAGAGGGCAGUAUAAGCUGGAGGGUUGGGACCACAAGAUCAGAACUGACAUUAGCUAAAUCUCAGGGAAAGUAAAAUCAAGUUACUAGUUUCUUUCAAAGUGUUUUCAUUGCCAUUUUAACGUAAUACUAUUUGGUAUAGCUGACGAAGCCCAUAACAAUGCAUUAAAAAAAAUAUUAAAUUUUAAAAUAAAAUAUAAAAAAGUUUGAUUAAACAUACGAGUUCAGAAAUAAUAUAGCUGUUUCCUCAAAAUAAUUGUAUAAAAGUGAUUUAAUUCAAUUAAAAAGUGAGCGGAUACUGUGCUUAAUAUGGAAAAGUUGUUAAAGCAACUCAUUUGUGUAGGAAAAAUGUGUAGACGAACAAAAAGAUUAAGCUUUUGUCAGUAUCUAAAUUUCUAGCCUUAACUUAAUGACGAAGAAUUUACUCCAUGAACAAAGUCUAGAAAGCAAUAUAAAACUCAGCAUGGCAACUAACCAAAUAAAAUAUAAAACUUAGGUCAGAAAACCUCAUAGUCAGAGUCAACUUAAAGUAAUUAAUAAAAUAGUUAAUAGUUUUAUGCACGUUUUUUAUUUAAGAAUUUAUUUAUUUCGAAAAAACAUUUCUUUUAAAAUAGUUUGUUUAAUUUCUAUUAAAUACACAUUGUCCUCCUAAGGAUGAACUUUUUGAUUUGUUAAAAUAAUUGUCAAUUUGAUUCAUUGUUUUGUUAUUUGUGGUUAGUAUAAAUCGUGUUUUGCAUUGUCGAUUGCUGAUAUGAUUGGUUGGGUUGUCGGCUACUUUCGGAUCAGUAGCUCAGGCCUGUGCAGUACUUGAUUGCAAGAGUGUCAGAUAUAUUAUUAAGAGUCUGUUGCUUUCGUUGAUUAAUCAAAAUCGAAAUUAGAGUUACAUUACACAUUAGUACUAAAAUUAGAUUUACAAAUAAAUAAAACGUUUACGACAAACGAA